AUGUUCGUUGCGGUGUCUGUACACCCCAGCUGCUGCCCCCCGCCCCACAAAUUCGUUUCUUUGGCGCCUUUGUCUGCAAACCUCCCUUCUGAGCAGCAGCAGCAGCAGCAGCAGAAGCAGCAGCAGCAGCAGAAGCAGCAGCAGAAGCGGCAGCAGCAGCAGCAGAAGCAGCAGCAGCAGCAGCAGCAGAAGCAGCAGCAGAAGCAGCAGCAGAAGCGGCAGCAGCAGCAGCAGAAGCAGCAGCAGAAGCGGCAGCAGCAGCAGCAGCAGAAGCAGCAGCAGAAGCGGCAGCAGAAGCAGCAGCAAACCCGCAGACUUCUUGGGGUUUACGAGGGGUUUACUGGGGAGGGGGAACAGCUUGUUGCAAACGUCGAUGUGGAACUGCUCGGUUAUGGACUCGGGCCGCAGGCUGCCAGGGUUAUAAAGUUUACAGUUUAG